CCACGAUUCGUCACUAUGCAGCGGGGCCACCAGCAAGAUGCGGAGGAGUUCCUUGGUUUCCUACUAGACGGGCUCCAUGAAGAGUGCGUCCAUGUUAUGCGAACCAGUUCGGCAAAUUCGGCCUCUGAUAUGGCCAAUCUGAUAGAUGUACCAACAUCUCCAGUCAGCGACGCUGCAAGUGAUGUGGGAUCUGCGUCUGGGAAGGAAAAUGGGUGGCUCGAGGUUGGACCAAAGCAGAAACAAGCCGUUACUCGGUCAUCUGGAAUAGUUACGACGAAUUCUCCAGUGACCAAAAUCUUCGGAGGCAACUUGCGAUCAGAACUACGAGUACCUGGUCUGAAGGAUUCCGUCACACUCGAACAUUACCAACCACUACAGCUCGAUAUUGGAGCAUCCAACGUCCAUAAUAUCGUUGACGCGUUGAAAGGCUUGACGCGCUCUGAAGCUUUACACGGAGACUUCAAGUCCCCGAAGGGUCCCAAUGUCACUGCUACCAAGCAGGUCUUCAUUGAGACUGUUCCUCCCGUUCUGAUUUUGCACUUGAAGCGUUUCCAGUACGACAAUACUGGCGGAACUCAGAAGAUCUGGAAGAAGGUUGGAUACCCGCUAGAGCUGGAGAUACCAAAGGAGGUGUUCCCUCGGCAGAAACGUAGUGUUUAUGCUCAUGGGGGCCUCCCGAAAUAUCGCCUGAUUGCGGUCGUCUACCACCAUGGCAAAAAUGCAAGCGGUGGUCAUUACACUGUGGAUGUCAGGAGGCAGGAUGGCCGUGAAUGGAUCAGACUUGAUGAUACCGUCAUCAAGCGUGUGAGGAGCGAAGAUGUUGCUGAAGGUGGAAGUGAGGAGGAUCCUAAAGUCCUUGCGGCCGCGUUGGAAUCUCAGAGGAGAGACAGCCCAUCUUCAGGCAAUGUUUUUUCUGCCAUAGAGGAUGAGGAAGCGGCUGGGGACGAAGAUGGAUGGAGGCAGGCGAAUGGAUCUGGGAAGAAGUGGUCAAACGUUGUCAACGGCACGCCCCGGCCCAAGAGCAGGAGCGAGAAGUCCUCAGCGAAGGAUAACAAGGUGGCCUAUCUUCUGUUCUACCAGAGGAUAUGAGGUUGCGGGUGAGAGGUUGCGGGGAGUGAGGAUGGGGAGGAACACUAGCUGCUGCCGCUGCACGGCUGCACGGCUACAUAUAUACCUGUGGAGCCGAUGCUUUCCGACUUCCACAGCCGAAGGCACCAUGCCAGCGGUCAGCGUGAUUUGGCUCGAAUAUUUGUGAUGACGGAGGCUUCUUUGGUGUCACGUCCUUGAUCUGCUUCGGUAUCAAAUUCAGGGUUUGAGCGCAUUGGCGCAACUGGGCAUGGCUGGGAGGGGAGGGGGGUUCAAAAAAGCAGCGU